UUCGCGGCCAUGUUGAAAAUUACAUUGACAGUUACUCCUUAGGAAAAUCUCUGAACUCACAAAACAUUGCGAAAAAUUCGUUUGGAGAGUUUUACAGAAACACAGUUUUAGUCUGCUUGGCGUCCGCUUGAGCGUUUCUUUCAUUCCUAUGAAACUCCUCGAUCCAGGAGAUGGAUCAGGAUGAAAGGCAGAGAAAAUUAGAGGCCGGACGAGCAAAGCUUGCUAACUUUAGACGGCGUCGGGCGAAAAGCGACAGUUCGAGCACGCAGAAAAAGACGGCGAAGAGGAAGGGCUCGACUGGCCAGACAAAUGACCAGUCAGCGCAAGAGCGUCACCUAGAGGAACCACAGACCGACGAUUGUCAUGGAGAGAUCAGCAAGGAAUACUCAGAGGCAUCACUCAGACUUGACAGCACAGACAGCAGUGUUUCAGAUGUCCAUCAGUGCAGCAGAGAGGCCGAUGAAACCAAUGCCCAGGAAAAGAGCUCCUCCUCUGAGUCUCUGGCAGAGUCAGAGCUGCCCGAUCAGGCUGAAGGCGAACUUGCAGAAAUGAUUAUAGUUGCACAUACUGGCAAAGAACAACUGAAGCAAUUGCAGGCUGCAGUAGAGAAACGGAAUGAGAUCAUAUCACAGCUUAGUAAGAACCUGCAGGUGGCGCUGCAGAGCAGAGACCAGGUACAAUUGGAAGCGCAGCAGCUCACGGGUCAGAUUCAGGCACUACAACAGCAACUACAGCAGGCUAAAGAAUAUCUACGUAGCAAAAGUCAAGGGUGUGUGGAUCUGACCCAGGCUGCUCAGAAUCAGCUUCACGUACAGUUGGAGGAGACACAACAGGUGACUAAGGAGCAACAGUGCCUCUUGGCCCAAAAGGAAGCUGAGAUCACAGACCUGCAACAGAAAUUGUGUGUCAUGGAAAAAUCCCUCUCUCAGCUUCAACAUGCCUUUACCCAGAGAAGUGCUGAUCAAACAGAUCUAAGGCUUGACCAUCACGGUGAUUUUGAUUUAUCCACUGUGAGCCUUCUACUCCCAGAUAACAGUCAUGACUCAAACUUUGAAGCUUUACUGCGAAGCCUUAGAGCUGAGUUAGAGGAAGAGCGUAAGAACAGCCAACUAGCUCAAGAACAAAUAGAAGCAUUUCAGAAGAGGGUACAGAGUCUGGAAAAUGAGAAGACCCAGAUGGAAGCUCAUCUGGCUGUGUUUGCUGAAACACAAGCCCAGGAAGCCCAGAAUUAUAAAGUAGAAAAAGAUGAACUGAACCAAGAAAUGGCCAGGUUGGAUAACCUUGUCAAGGAGCUUCAAAAUCGUCUUCAUGAAGAGGAGGAGACAGGGCACCAUAUGCGUUCCAAAUAUGAAGCUGAUAUUUCCAAUUAUGAUCUCAGGCUUCAGACUCUUGAGGAGGAAAGGGAGUUGAAUGUAGCUCAGCUUACCGAAGCUCACGAGGCUGCCCUUAGGCAUCUGCAGGAGGAGCACUCUGACGAGAUCAAUCGUAUCAAGGAGCUUCUGAACCAGGCCCAAAGUCAACAUUCUGAUUCUCAUCAGGACGUUUCCAAAGACAAUGGUGCAGAUAUACCCUGGAACAUAAUCUCCAAAGAGCACUACAAUGAGGAGACAGCCAUUGAGUGUGUUGCCAGAGACAACUAUAGUUUUGAUGUCUCUGCAGGGGGUUUCCAGGAUGUUCUGAUGGAGCGAUACUUGGCUUCGGAAGGGCCUCAAGAAAGUUCAUUACUUGAAAAGAGUCUGGAGGAACGCAGCCUGAUGGAGAACUCUGAGACGUCCAGGUUUGAGCUAGACAGUGAGGUCUUGUUUCAUGCUUCAGAUUACCCUAACAAUGUCACAUCUGAUGGUGAGAAAUCAGAGCCAGGACCGUCCGUAGUUUCUGGCAUUGAUGUGCACCAACCAGAUGAAAUGUCCUUUACUGAUGCCCAGUGGCAAAACUCAACCUCAGCCGUUGAAGAGCUGAAUGAGAGUACAGGCACUGUGGACUUGGCUAAAGAGCUUCUGAUCCAGCAGUGCAGAGACCUGUCAGAGCAGUUAGAGGAUCGGGAGCGGCAGCUCGAGGUUCUUCAAGAAGAGGUUCGGCACUCUGCGGAAGAGGUCGAGGAGGCACGGGAGCGUUGGAGCAAAGCUUCGGAGGAGCUUGAGGAAGCUAAGUGGGAGCUGGAGAUGGAACGUGAGAAAAGAAUUCAGUACGAGGAAGUUAUCAGCCAGAAAACGAAUGAAGACAACCUCAAAAACAUACUGAGUGACCUGCAGGUUCAAGCCAAUGCAAGGAUAAUGCCCAACAACACUGAUUCCAAUAAGACCUCAAUCCCUUUGUCUACAGAGGAGUUGCUAAAGGAACUAAGGGAAGAAAAGGCCCAAUUGGUGCUACAGCUCAAGCUUCAGGAGCAGCUAGUAAAGGAUGUCCAUGAACAGAAAGCAGCAGGUGACUCUGUAAGUAGUGAGUUUUCGUCUUUGCAAGCUCAGAGAGAUGAAUUUCAACUUCAGCUGGAGCAGCAAAGGGAAAAACACCAAGCUACUUCAGCGCUGCUUGGUCAAAGGACCUUACAGCUGGAUCAAGCCAAUAGAGAGCUUCAGCAGCUCAAAGCUGAAGUAGAGGAGAAAGCUGGACGGUUGCAAGACUUGGAAGAAGAGAAGACAGACCUAGAGUCUAAACUAGUGUGCCUUAAAGAGAACCUCACCAACAUGGAAGAGGAGAAAGCUACCCUUGAAAGACGUCUUCAAGUUUUGGAGGACCAAGCAAAGAGCAUGGAGAAGGUUCUAGAAUCAGAACUGAAGAACUUUGAGCACCAACUUGAAUCAAAGAAUGCAGAGCUCAAAGAAGUAAGGGAAGCACAAGAGAAGGCAGAAGAGGAAUACAUGGAAAAGGAGAGUGCCUUAAGGAAAGAACUCCUCACAGUCAAACAGGAUCUAGAGGAAAGACAAAAACAACAUGAGGAGGAGCAGAGAACCCUGGAAGAGAAACACCAGAAAGAGGUUAAAUACUUGAAUGUUCGAUUUGAGCGGGAACAUUCUGAGCAAUCUGCUCAUCUGGAAGAUGAGCAGAAAAGACAGAUCAGCUUGAUCAAACAGGUCUAUGAACGGGAGCAUGAGAGGGAGUUGAUGCAGCUGGCAGCCCAACAAAGCGAGGAAAUUGGCAGACUUAAAGAUGAGCUUGUCAGGGAGCUUCAAGACGGGCUGGAGGCUGCACACCAGGCUGAACUUCUCCAAACACAAAGCCAGCACAAGCUGGAGCUUGAAGCCUUGCGUCUCAGCCUGACCAACUUGCACACAGCCCAGCUGGAGCUUUCUCAAACCAACAUGCAGAAAGAUAAGGAGGUGGCCCUCAGUGAGCUGCAGACCAUGUUACGAGAGAAAUGGGCACAGGAGAGUGCCAUGCUGCAGACACGCCAACAGUUUGAGCUGGAAAGAAUCCGGGAGCAGAACCAAGAGCAGGAGCAACGAAACCAGCGUCUGCACCAACAAGAGAUAGAUAAUCUGAGUCAGGAGUGGGAGAGGAGAGUUUUGGAAGAGAAAAGCUCCGUGGAACAGUUGCAGGCCUGUAAACUGGAGGACCUAAAAGGCAAGUUGCUAUUGGAGGCUGAAGAGGCAAAAACUGAACUUGAGAGUAAAUUAAAUGAUGCCCAUCUUAAACUGAGUGAUACCCAAGUUGCCCUCACUGAGGCUGAAGCAGCUCUGUCUGAGACGCAGUGUAGGCUAGAAGAACUGCAGCGUUCCACAGAUCAAGACAUCAAGAGUCUGGAGAAAGAGCUCAACCAGGCCUUGACUGACAGGGAUGCUGCUGCACGUGCAGUUGAGGAGUUGGUUGCGUGUCACAAGGCAGCACUGCAGGAGCAACAGGAACGUGCCCGAGCCUUGGAACAGAGAGAAAAAGAGCUGAUGCAAGAGGUUGAUCGUCUACAGUCAGAAAGGGAGGAACUGAAGGCCAGUUCAGAGCAGGAGAUCUCAAACCUCUGGUCCCAGCUGGAGUGCAUGAGAACCAACAGACAGGAGCUCGGAGAGCUGAAAGAGCAGCUGUUAGCACGCUCAUCGCGGGUUGAAGACAUUGAGCGACUGAAACAAGAAUUCGCUCAGCAGCGGCAGGAAAUCAAAGAACAGAAUGAGGCAGAGCUGGAAAACCUCCGCACCUAUUUCGAGCAGAGACUCCGGGUCACAGAAGAGGGUCAUCGGGAAGAAAUCGCACUCCUGCAGCUUCGCCUCGUAGAGGGAGCCCUGGAGGACUCUAUACUGAAGACUGGAGAUGAGAGGUUUCUUCUCUCAGAAGGGAAGAGUGAAGACGACAGGAGUGAUGCUAUGGCUGAGAUCACAAGACAACUGGAGAAACACAAGGAGGAGCUGGAUUCCCUUCGGCUGCAGUUAGAGGGGAGACACCAGCAGGAACUGGAGCAGCUACGGUCCAGCAUGGCUCUGGUUUAUAAAGAAGAACUACUCCAAGCUCGCACUGAGCUCACUGACCGAUACUACAAAGACAUCGACCAGCUCAACACCAAACACGCCCAUGAACUAGAGCAGCUCCGUGCCAAACUCUCAGACAACCAUAUCAAAGAAAUAAACAAGCUGCGGCUGCAGUCUGCACAAGACGUAGCGAGGCAGGUGGAGGCUGAGGUGAAGGAGAAGACUCAGCAGCACCAGGCCAAAGUGAGCCAGCUGGAAACCCAGCUAUCUCAGCUCUCCCUAAAGCACUCAGAGGAACUGGAGAAAGUGGCGGAGCAACAUCGUGAGCAGCUCAGACAGAUGGAGGAGACACAUCAGAAAGAUGUUGCUGAAGAGUUGAGGGUGCGCCUUGAGGAGGCACAGAAGGCAGAGAGGAAUCGUGUGAGUGAGGAGUUGACUAAAGAGCAGGCCCGACUGAGGGAGCAACUCCAAUUGCAGGCUGAGGAGCAUUUGGCUUCCCAGAGAGUGCAGCUUCAGAGAUCUGCACUUGAAGAGAAAGGGGAGUUGGAGCAGAGGCUUCUGGAGGUCCAAAAGCUCCUGGAUGUGGAAAGGCAGAGCCUUCAAGCACUGCAGAAGAGUCUGGAGUGUGAAGAGAACCCUCAGGUGGUGGCGUUGAAGCAGAAACUUCAGGCUCAAUACGACAGAGAGAUGUCCACUGCAAAGAGUGCCAUGGCAGCAGAGGUAAAAGAGCUGAACACUCUACUUCAAGAUCAGAUGGAGAGCAAGCUACAAGAGGCCCUCUGCAGGCACCAAGAAGAGCAGAAACAACUGGAAGAGAAGUUGACCCUUCAAAGAGAUGCUGCCUUGGGUCAACAGAGAGAACAGCAUGCCGUGGAGCUGCAGGCCCAGAAAACACUCCUGGACCAGCGAGCUGCACAAUUAGAGCAUCUUGAGAGGGAGUGUCAAGAUCUCAAAAUACACCACCGAGAGGAACUGGAGUCCCUGAGGACCAAUCACAAGACGGACUUAGAGACCUUGGAGAUGGAACUUACAAAUAAACACAAGGCGGAGCUCGACAAAUUAGAGGCCGUCCUUCAGGAGACCAACUUGGCACAGCUUGAAGCUCAAGAGGCGGAGCUUCAGGCACGACACAAACAAGAGAGGGAGGAGCUUGAGGAGAGGCUGUUGGCAAACAUGGAUACCCUGGAGAGCACAUACUUGAAGGAAAUUCAGGCAGUACGGGAUGAGAAGGAAGGAGAACUGCGUGACCUUCAAGAACACUAUACUCGAGAGAUUGAGAGGUUGAGAAAGGAGGAGCAAACCAUCAGAGAGGACCUCAGGAGUGAGCUUGUUAAGGUCCAUAUGGAUAACUUCAGCGCCAUGACAAGAGAGUUGCAUCAAGCUCAUCAGGCGGAGAUGUCUGAAGCGGCCUCCUCUCAGAGGGCUGCUCUGGAUGAUGAGCAUCGACGUGCUCUGGAAGCUCUUCAGCAACAAGUAGUUGCUUUAGAGAAGCAGCAUAGCGCCGCCCUUUUGGAGAUCACUGAUAUUGCCACUGCAGAGAAAAAGCAACAUGAGCAAGAACUGGAUGAGCUGGCCACUCAACAUCAGCAACAGCUUCAGGAGUUAAGGGGAGUGUCUGCCAGGGAGCUGGAGGCUCUGCGUAGGGAAUUAGAAGAAGCAGCGUCAAGGCAACGCCUCCACUUCCUGGAGGAGGCUGAACUUCUCAAAUGCAAGUCUGAGGAGCAGCUGCAGCAGAAAAUUGCACAGUUAAAGGAGGAGAGUGACCAGGAAAAGGCUGUUGCUCUUGAGGAGCUGGAAAAGACUUUAAGACAGCAACAUGAGCAAACUGAACUCGCCUACAGUGACAAGAUGAGCCAACUUACUGCACAACUACAGCAGCUGGACACUGUAGUGUCACAGCUGCGAGCGGAGGUGAACGGGCUGCAGGUGGAGCUAGAGGGCAAGCGGGCAGAGAUGGACACACUGGAGACGCUCCUGCAACGCAGAGACCGGGAGAACCAGGAAGGAGACAAUCUACUGGCCAUGCUCAGAGCAGACCUCAACACGGCCACACAGGAAAGACAAGACCUGCAAACAGCACGUGACAAACUACAGCGGAUGCUCAUAGAGAUGCUUCGGAUCACUAUGGCAACAGAAGAGCACAUCAGCCACAAGUUAGGGGCUUGUGUGUCAGGUGGUCGGUCUGGAGACAAAACGCCCAUCUCUAUGACAGCUAGGAGUAGCCGUGAUUCACAUGAAAUGGGAGAGGUGAUUGGCACAGAGAGAGAUGCUGAUUGUAGUGUGUGGUCUUCGGCCGUGGAUGAGGGGUUGGAGUUGUCUCAGAGGCUGUGUGAGAGUGUGUUCUCUGGGCCGGAGGGGGAGAUGGAGGCAGAAGGAGAGGAGCUCAUGCUAGGAGCCUGUACACGUCUGCGCACCGCUGUGGAUAAACUACUGGAGCUGCUAUCGGAGUCCUCACAACAGUUGGAGCAGAUGUGUGGUCUGCAGGCCGUACUAAAUGAGCGAUUCAGAGAUGGAGGUGAGGCCGGAGCAUCUCUUCUUUUUCAAAACUCUCAGCUCCUGGAGCAGCUGGAUCAUGAAGCCAGUCUGAAGAGCCAACUACAAUUGGAGCUGCACAAGGCCGAAGGUCUGAUGGAAGGCUACAUAGCUGAGAAAGCUGUUUUGGAGGAGGCUCUUCAGCAGAAGGAGACGAAGGAACAGCGUCUGGCAGAGGAGCUGGAGAGCACACGCAUCCAACUCCAGCAGCUCAGCGAAAAUCAUGCCCUCCUCCUGCGUCAGAGAGAAGCCUUGACGGCCAGCCUCGGAGACACAGAGAAGGCUCUGCUGGCGGAGGCUGAGCGUCUGGGGCAGGAGUGUGUGGAGGUACAGAUGCAGGCGGAGAAGGACUGCAGUGGGUUGGCGUCUCGUCUGCAGAUGCUGGAGCAGGCCCUGGAGGAGCAGGAGAGCCGUGCACAUCAGCUGGAGGAACAGCACCGCCUGCAGACUGAAGACCUGCAGCAACACAUUGAUGCUCUGGAGAAACAGCUCAAACAUAACCGCCAGUUCAUAGAUGAACAAGCAGUGGAACGGGAGCACGAGAGAGAUGAAUUUCAGCAGGAAAUCAAGAAUCUGGAAGCUCAGCUGAGACAUCCAUCUAAAGGACACACAGGAGGAGACAGCAAGGGUCAAAGGGUGGAAAGCCUUCAGGCUCUGAUCAAAGAUAAGAUGGAGGACUAUAGUGAACUCUUGACAGCAAAAGAGCAGUGCCAGCGUGAUGUGGAAGAGCGUAAUGAAGAGAUUGAAAAAUUGGCAACUCGUAUCCGUGAGUUGGAGCAGGCAUUGCUGAGCUGUGCGGAGGCCAGCCGAACUGUCACACAGCUGGAGCAAGAACUUCAGAAAGCACGCAAGAACCUUCAGGAGCUCACACAGGAUAAAGAAGCUUUGCAGCAGCAGCAGUAUGCUAAUAAACUCCAGAUCUCUGCUCUACAGUCCAAACUCGAUGAGACUAGACACCGCUUCCCUGAUAUGAUCCCUGACCCCAACCUCCGAGAGCAGCUGGAAGCUACACAACAGGAUCUGCAGACCAAAGAACAACAGGUGGAGUUGCUGUCGGAGCGUCUAAGUGAGCUUGAGAAGGAUGUAGUAGUGAGGGAGGAAGAAGUCGGACAACUAACACUACAGCUGGAGCUCAAAAACAGAGAGAGCAGAGCUACAGAAGAGCAGCUCCACGCUCACAUCACACACCUGCAGGAGACUGUGGACACUCUGACAAGACGGCUCGAAGAGGGCAGCGAUGAAUCCAUCCUUCAGCUGCCUUCUGCCCUUCUGGAGGAGAAGAAUCUGGAGAUCGACCACUUAAAUCAGCAGAUCCUCCAGCUGCAGCAGGAGCUGGACAUGACCAACGAUAAUAAGACUCUAGAGGAAAAGCAAGCCGAGAUAGAAGAGCUGCGCUCUCUCAUCGAACGCCUUCGUUGUGACCAGGAACGUUUACGGCAGGCAAAGGAAGAGGAGACUGAGCAGCUCCAUGAGGUUAUUAACAAGCUUCAAGAGGAGUUGAGCCAGCUUGACCCCAACCAUCAUGAGGUCAGUGACCCCAGCACUGACAGCCCCGAGUCCUCGUACUUUCCCUGGUCCACUCAUCCUCGCCAUCAGAGGGCAUCCGAGGAAAGCCUAUGCCAGGAGCUCAGCAGCCACACUCUGCAGUCGUCUCUUGCUCGCUUGCAGGAGUUACAGACUGAGCUGGAACGUGCCGCCGGGGAGAAGGAUUCUCUUCAGAGGCUGUUGCUCUCCCAGGAGGAACAGUAUGGAAGUCAGGUGGAGGUGCUUGGCCGGAGUCUCGGAGAGGAAAGGGGGAAGGUGGUCCUGUUGGAACAAGAGGCAAAUGAGCUGAAAGUACAGCUAGAGGAGAAACGGACAGAAGCUGAGCGAUUGGUGGCCCGUGUGGAAGAGUUGGAAGCUACAGAGCGAGCUCAUCAGUCCAGCCUGAGAGAGUCGGAGCUCCAGUUGAGAAGGGUGGAGGAGAGAAAAGAUGAGGUCCAGCAGGAGCUUGACAGGCUGCAGGAGGAGGCGAAGAACCAGCGAGUUGAGAAGGAGCUUCUGGAAAACCAGAUCUCAGAGCUGCAGCACAAAGAGGAUCAGCAUCAGAAUGAGCUGGCUGCUUUACAGUCCAAACUCACAGAGCUUGAGGAGCAUGUCCAAGUAGGCAGAGCCAGCAUCAGUGCUUUGGAGACCAGCAAAAGAGAACUGUACAUGGAGAAAGAGGCUCUGAGAAAACGGGAGGGAUGUCUCCAGGAGGAAAUAGAGCGUUUGAAACAGGAAAUUACUUCAAAGAUGAACUACAUAAAAGAACUACAUGAGCAACAGGAGGAGAUGGUGGCUAAACAAGGGGAAGCCCAAAAAGAAGUACUGACAUGUGCUGAAGAGACCUUGGCUAAAGCUGAGACUGCUUUACGCGAGAGGGAACAGCAGCUGAUCCACCUGAGGGCGGAGCAUGAUGCUCUAAGGGCGGAGCUAACAGCAGUGAAGGAGGGGCUUAGUAGCAGCACAGAGAGAGCAGAGAAGCUACGGGAAGAGGGACAGACGAAAGAUCGUGCGUUGGCUGAUCUCGAGGUCCAUAACCAGGAUCUGAAGGUGGAGCUGCGGAGACUGCAGGAUGACCUAGCUGUGCAGGAAGAAGAGCUGGCCUAUCAGCAGAAGGAGCUAGAGCAGCUCCGACAACGUUGCAACCUGCAGGACCACCAUCCCAAACACGGUCACUGCUUCGUUGAAGGCCUUUCCCAUGACCCGUCCCUCUCCGCUUCCCUAUCUUCCCCAGAAGUACUGCGGAGGUUGGACUGCAGCGAAGAGCGCCCCUCUCGUUUGCAGGUAUCUCACCUCUCAGAGCUCAGUGCACUACACAACGCCAGCCUGGAGCUCCACAGCAAGCCUUCACCCAUGGAUCGGGACAAAGAGAGACCACACGCCAGACAAACGUUUAUCCCACCUUCAGAGGAAGUUCCACCCAUCACACAUUCCGCAUCCCCAUGCUCGCUUUCUGUGUCCGAACACCUCUCUGUGCUCGAUUCGCUGGAUGCAGAUAAGGUUGAUGAAUUGGACAAUUCGGAUGUAACGCCAUCUCGGUCUCCACUUGGAUCCACCUCUCCCGAGUCUGUGCCGGAGUGGGUCAGCGAUGGAUAUGGCAGCAACGUGAGCUCAGAGUUAGAGGCCAUGCUGAAGCUUGAGUUGGAGAAUACAGAGCGUUUAGAUGCUCAUUUUGUGGAGUAUCUGCGCUGCAGAGGAAUGUCACCUGCUCAGUACACAGAUAGCGCUGCAGGCAGCAUGCAUGAGAGCCAUGACGCCCUCACACCUGAGUUACAGGCAAUGUUGAAACGUGUCUACCAGGAAAGCUGCAGAAUCCUGUCUUUGUCUCAUCGCCCUGCCCCAUCUGGCCAGUCUCGCCCAGAUUCUGAGCCUGCCCCGCCCCCCUCCUGGCAAAGGGAGAGACGGGCCUUACAAGAGACCAUCCUAUCGCUCAGAGAGCUGCUCUGCAGGAUGGCUGACAGGGAACCCAGGACUGACAGUGGGGACGUGGACUGGAGGCGCGAGCUGUUGCAUGCAGUCCGCAGUGUGUUUGACAGUGAACGGGAGUGGCUUCACACUCAGCUUCAGGCUUUCAUGACAUCCAGCACUCAGAUGGACCUCACCCCUUUGCUGGACCAGUUGAAGAAACUGUUUCAGAAACAGGAGGAGCAGCAGUGGAGAUCUUUAGAGCAGCUGUUCAACGCAGACCGUCACAGUCUUUUGGCUGAGGUGCGCAGCCUGCAUGCGCAGCUGCAUGCAAGCACCCAGCAGAGUCAAGAACAGCUGCGGCUGCUGCAGGAUUCACUCCAAACUGCAAAAGAACAGGGUACGGAAACGCAACAUCAGCUGCAUAGAGAUGUUGAAGAGCUUGAGCUGCUGCUGCAAAAGGAACAGACGGUGUCAAAUGAUCUGCGCUCUACUCUGGAGGCUGAAAAGAGUAGAGGAUUGGAGCAGCAGGGACAGUUAGAGGCAGAGCUAAAGGCCGUGUCAGUGCUGAAGGCGGAGCUAGAGGAGACCAGACUGCAGCUUCAGUCAGCAUACCAAAUUCAAGAGGAAUUAAAGAGCCAAAUUCAAAAACUCAGGCUGAAGCUGGAAAAUGUUGAGGCUGAACGUCAGGCCUGUCUACAGGCAGUGGAGAAAGAGCAGGCCAGAUUACAGGAACUGCAAGAGGACCUUCAGCAGCAGCAACUCAGCAGUCAACAAACAAUUGAGCAAAACCAACAAACGCAGGAGUCUUUGCACCUGGCUUUGAACGAGCAAGCAUCACGUGUCAAUCAGCUUAACACUGCGCUGGACCAGGAGCGCAUCACAUGCAGUAACCUGCGCUCUGAGCUCCAGAUCGAGCAGUCUCGCUGUGAGGCCCUAAUGGCCCAGGAGCGAGAACGCACUGAACUUGCACUUUCCCGCCUGGAGGAGGAACGCUCUCGAUCGGCGGAGCUCUCGGAAUCGCUCUCCCGCCAAGCCCAGGAACACGCACGCCGUUUAGAAGAGGAAGCCCACAGACAGGAAGCGGCCAGUGCCCACGACAGAAAAUUCAUUCAGGACCUACGGGCACAACUAGAACAAGAGAGGCGUCAGGGGGAAGACCUGGCAGCCAUGUUGGAACGUCUGCAAGGGCAGGUGCUGGAAGGAAAGCGCAGGCAAGCGGAGGAGGCAGAGCAGGAGGCACACAAGGAGCAGGAGGAAGUGAGGAGGCUCCGUGCUGCUCUGGAGGGCCUGCACACUCAGAAGUUGGAAGUCGGGCGCACUCUAGAGGCAGAGCGAGAGAGAGCCGCUCAGUUACAAGUGGAGCUGAAUGUGAUGAAGGAAAAGAUGAGAGUGGUGAAAGAGAGGGAAAGAGUGAGGGAGGAGGAGAUGGAGAGGAAGAGGAGACAGGAGAAACAGGAGCAGGUGGAAAAGGAACGACGACAGGAACGCACCAACGAGAAACUGUUGGAGAUGGAGUUGUUGCGUCAGAAGGAUCAGCAGAGAUUGAGGCAGCUGCAGCAGACGCUUGCUGACUUGGAGCGGGAAGAGAAACAGCUCACAUCAGAACGCCUGCAGAGAAACACACACUCCAAUGGCCUGACCUUUGACCAGAACACACUUGUAAAUAUCUCUCAGGACUCUACCUCAUUCACUCCCUCUCUAACGGAGCGUUUGCUGAAGGAGAACUCUGAGUUCUCUGAGUGUCUCGCUGCUCUGAGUGAGGAGAAGAUCUCCCUCAAACACACUAUAUCCUGUCUGGAGAGAGACCUGCAAAGCCUGAAGCACCAGGAGCAGGUGAAGUCUCCUGCUGUUACAGAGCAGUGCAUGUUAUCGGAGAAACUGGUCUGGCAGAAGGAAAAAGCAGCUCUUCAGGCUGCGUUACGAAAGGCAGAGGCUGAACUGUCAAAGGUCACAGCUAGCAAUGAAAACAGACCCACACAUGACCUCUCAAACAACAAGGUGCAGCGGCUCUAUGAGAGAUACCUGCGAGCAGAGAGUUACAGGAAGUCGCUGGUGUAUCAGAAGCGCUAUCUGCUGUUGCUGCUGGGAGGGUUUCAAGAGUGCGAGCAGGCUACACUUGCGCUCAUAGCACGUAUGGGCGCACAGCCAACGUUAAGCCAAUCGCAAGUCUCUAGACCUCUAAACCGCUUCAGAACGUCUGUCAGAGUAGUCAUCGCUAUCUCAAGACUGAAGUUCCUGACCAGGAAAUGGCAAAGAGCUACAAGGAAAAUCUCAGUAGGCUGUGCCACUGUUAACGGCCAUGGAACAGGACCAAGCACAGUUCCUGCUUUGAGGACUGAAGUGCUGAGGCCGCAGCAGACUGGAGUUGCGUUCAACUCUCCACCCACCCGUGAACAUGCUUUUGCUCAAAGGGGUGUGGUCUCGUCUCUAGUACCACCAAUCAAAUCACCCUUUAGGCUGAAUAGAAUGUACACAAGUUCUGUGCUGGGACCAGCUGAGCGCUCCAUCAGCUCUUCCCAAGAUCAGGAACGUUCCCUUACAGAGUAUAUCCAACAUCUGGAGACUGUCCAUCAGCGUCUGGGAGCCGGUCAUCCAGAUUCACCAACAGUGCUUCCAUAUGCCAGAAAGUCUGACCGAUGAAUGAAGAAAUCUGACCACUAGUGCCAGUCUGUUCAAAUUUUUUUUUUUUUUUUUUUUUUUUUUUUUUUUACACAUUCAUAAAUAGUUUUUAAUUGCUAUCUUCUUGUUGUUGUCAUGCAUUUUAAUUUCAGCUAAAACGUCACCAAUAACGUGGUUUUUUAUUUUAUUUUAUUUUUUUGCAACCAGUGCUGGUCAUUUUUUCACUUUGUUUUUUGUAAACAAUUUUCAAUGGUCUGUAAAUGUUCACAGUUUAUAUUCUUUUUUUCUUUUUUACAUGUUGUCCACAGUAAGCAUUUAAGACUUUUGCACUUGAAUUUGUGGUUUUUAAUGGAUGUCACUGUUUAAAUGCACAUGGUUGGACAUGUUUUGUAAAAUGUUUUAUAUAGUUUUUUAUGGACAGUAUUUCUAUGAAAAUCAAUAAAUAUUUUAGUCUAAACUGAA